AAAAGGAAGAGAGAGGAGACUUAGGUAGGGGGAGAACAGUCAUUCAGAUUCUGCUCGGCUUGAAACGCAAGCCACCUUCCUCGCAGUUUUGCGUCGCAAUAACUUCUUACUAACUGACUGAAAUUAAAACUUUUUCUUGGCAAAACUGUAACCCAUUUCAACGUCUGGAAAAUAACGGCAGGCUCGUGGAUGCGCCUGGAAGUGUCUUAUCGCAUUUACAAGAAUAAUUAAGGGAAUAGCAGCUGCUUUUGGACAUAUUUGAAGGGAACAUACGUGCUAUCAAUCAGGGGACUAAUAAUAUAGAUGUUGAAGUGACGGUUUGAGAUACCGUCUCACAUCCCGCUGUAGCCUAACUAUGGGUCGAUAGUAUGGACUUAUCCGAUUCUGGAGAGGAAGAGUGCGUCACGGCUGAUAGGAAUUUACUUCCACACUAUUCGUGUGGAAUAAAAGUUCAUUGACAAACGGGAGGAUUCUGCCGCAUCACUUUUUUGUUGUUUCUUGCGAAGGCAUGGCGGGACCAGUUCUGUUUCUUGUGCUGUGGGUCUUCACAUGGUCCUGGGAGGUUCGGUGUGCUUCAUACCCGCAGCGGUAUAAUCUCUAUUCGGGACAGACCCAGGCGCAGCCACAGAACGGCGCACGGGCAGCGAGCAGACACAGAAACUGGUGUGCAUAUGUGGUGACAAAGACAGUGACCUGUGUGGUGGAGGAUGGAGUGGAGACCUACGUUAAGCCUGACUACCACCCCUGCUCCUGGGGCACACAGUGCUCUCGCAUGGUGACGUAUCGAACAUAUAUGAAGCCGCGGUACAAGGUGGCCUACAAGAUGGUGACGGACAUGGAGUGGAAGUGUUGCCAUGGUUACACUGGGGACGAAUGUAGCGAGGGGCCGAGCGGAGGUUCUGGGACCCAGAUUGCUACAGCCAGACCCCGGCCGAAACCCUCCCGACCUGGACAGACUGGAACCGGCACAGGUCACGGGGGACAGAAUGGGGGAGACGGGCGAGGAGACGGCGACAAGAUGCAGCAGCUGGAGGACAAGAUCCAGAGCCUGACCAAGGACCUCCAUGACCUGCAGUCCACUCUGAGGGGCAUGAAUGAACGCUUCCAGGAGGAGAUGCACAAACCGGGUUUCACCGGUGGCGGCACCAAGACCCCUGCGGACUCAGCCCAGCCCGAGAUGAAAGAGACCAUCCACAGCAUCCAGACCAAACUGGACCAGCUGGACAACCGGACCCAGGCCCAUGACAAGACCCUGGUCAGCAUCAAUAACCACCUGGUCAAUGGGAAUGCUGGCAGUGGGAAUGAUCUCGGGGGUGGCACUGGCGGCUCCUCUGGAGGCACCGGUGGGUUUAGUGGCGGGACGCUCAGCACGCUGAAAGAGGAGAUCCUGAGAGAGCUGGAGAGGAGGAUGUCUUUGUCCUGCUCAUCCUGCCAGUCUGGUGAUGAGGACCUGCGAAUGCAGCAGCAGGAGAUCAGGGAGAGGAUCCAGGUAAUGGAAAAGCAGCUGAACGCAGUGGACGGACACUACCGCCAGAGCCUGGACGGCCUACGCCAGGAGGUCACACGCUCCCAGGGCUGCUGCAACACUGUCACCGACCUCAAGAACAGGGUCACAGAUGCAGAGAGAAAGAUCAGCUCUGUGUCGGAGAACUACAAUGUCAUCCAGAACCGCCUGGAUAAGGAGUUGGGAAGUGGUGGUAGUCAUGGCGGUGGAGGUUUCGGAGGAGGUGGCUUUGGACCCGGUGGUGGCUUUGGACCCAAUGCUGGCAGCGGCUUACCCAAGGUUAUAGAGGACAGGCUGGAUAGCCGUCUGAACGACCUGGAAAGGCGGUUGAACAGCACAGUGCAGUACACAGAAGAGAGCUGCACCUUGAUAGAGAACGACUUGAAGGACUACUUCCACCGUGAGCUCGGUGACCUCCGGACCAUGUUCCUGGACCGAUUCGAUGCCCAGGGCUACCGCAUCGAAGACAUAGAGCUGGACGUGGGCACCUUAAAGGACAGAGUGUCGGACCACGACAAGAAGCUGACCCGCCUGGAGAACUCUACGGCACUCCUAGACAAGAGUCUGACUGACUGUGGCUGUGGAGGAUUAGGAGGAGGAGCUGGAGGAGUGGUAGAAGACUCUGUGAAGUCUAUCACGUGGAGGGUGGUGGCUAAUGAGGAUGAGAUCCGCCGCUUCGACACACGUAUCAAGGACCUGUCCGUCUCAGGCGACUCGCUAAUGGACAAGGUGGUGGACCUCAGCCACGACAUCCGUAAAAUCAAAGCCCUGACCGGAGACAAUGGCGAACACUUCAACCGCAUUGUCACAGAGAUCGAGACACUGGGUCGUUGCGUGGACGACUGCGACAUCUGCGGAAGAGUGGAAGACGAGUUGAAGAAGCUGAAGAACAACACGCAGCACACUCUGAGCCGCUGGGAGAAGGACGUCAACGCCAUCCGGACACGGGUGGACUCAGACCAGAGCUCCUGUUCGCAGGUGUGCUCCACCCUGCAGGAGGAGGUGGGAAAACUCCAGGAGGAGGUGGACAAGUGUAGUGGCCAGUGUAAGAUCCGUCUUGUGACCCCAACAACAGGUGGCGGCACUGGAGGAGGCCUGGAUGACCCCCAGAAGCCUCUGGAUGGCCACAGUGUGAUUGGAGGAACAUCUAACAACGGCCACCUCAAGUCCCUGCAGGGUGAGCUGUCCGAGGUCAUCCUGACCUUCAGCUCCAUUAAUGACACACUGAGGGGCCUGGAGCACACAGUGCAGAAACACGGAAGCAUCAUCACCGACCUGGGCAACACAAAGAACAAGAUCAUCUCGGAGCUGGACAAGAUCCAGCAGGACGUGACCGAGCACAUUGAGGAGAGUCGCAACCACCUCGACGGGGUGGAUCGUGAUGUGCGCCGUUUCGAGAACACCCUGGUGGUGGAGAUGGGUGACUGCAAGCGCUCUGGUGAUGGCCUGGAGAAGAGGCUGUCCAAGAUGGAGGGUGUGUGUGGACGGCUGGACGGCAUCUCGGACUCGCUCCAGAAGAUCAAGGAGGGGCUGAACAAGCAUGUGUCGGGCCUGUGGAACUGUGUGAACGGCCUGAACGCCACGGUCAUCUCCCACGGAGGGGUCAUCAAGAACAUCCAGACCACUCAGCUGGACGGGAUCCACGGGAAAAUCAAGAACCUCAAUUCGUCCAUCAGCAAUAUCCUCAAGGAGUUCCAGAACCUCUCGGAACAGGACCUGACUGGCCUGCCUGGUCCUCCAGGUCCCUCUGGGGAAAGAGGGUUCCCAGGCUUUCCCGGCCCCAAGGGGUCUCAAGGUAGGGACGGACCUGUGGGCAGGCAGGGAGAGAACGGGCCCAGAGGACCACCAGGUCUCAAAGGUGAACAAGGUAUGCCAGGUGCUGAUGCCAACAUGCCCAAGCUCUCCUUCUCUGCAGCUCUCACCUACCCCGUGCUUAACGCUGGCACCAUCGUCUUCGACAAGAUCUUUGUCAACGAGGGAGAGUUCUAUGACCCGCGGACAGGCAUCUUCACAGCGCCCAUUGAUGGACGCUACUUCUUCAGCGCCAUCCUGACGGGCCACAAGAACGAGAAGAUCGAGGCGGUGCUGUCCAAGUCCAACUACGGAAUGGCCCGGGUAGACUCCGGGGGAUACCAGCCAGAGGGCCUGGAGAACAAGCCAGUGGCUGAGGCCAAGAUCAACCCCGGCUCCCUGGCCGUGUUCAACAUCAUCCUUCCCCUCCAGGUUGGAGACACGGUCUGCAUUGACCUCGUCAUGGGCAAGCUGGCCCACUCCGUAGAGCCUCUCACCAUUUUCAAUGGAAUGCUGCUGUACGAACAGAUGUGAGCCAACGGGACAGCAUCCCCUAGGCUCUCAAGCUGGAACACGAGAGAGGGAGAGGAAGGGAGGGAGGGAAGAGGAAAGUGAGAAAGAAGAGAGGGGUUGGGGUUUGUACGCUCCGGAGCCAUUUAGUCUCAUAGUUUUAUUUGACAACUGCUUUUGAAAGCAAAAUUAUCAGUCCAGAGAAUGAGGUUAGAAUGACUUUAUAUCGACUCGUGAAACAUGGGAAUGAAAGAGAACUAGGAGAUGACGACAAUGACAGAAAAGUGUUUUUUCCUCCGCGUGUCAUUCCUGGCCCUCUGGUGUUGUGAGACCUGGUGAACUGCUUGAAAAAACAUAGGAUAUACUGUAGACUGCAGCAGCAGACUGAGUGAUGUUUAGCUUGCCCAGCAUUUGGAGAAGUGUUUUCACAACGAAUUUGUACUACUGCAGGAUUUGUAUACGGUUAUUGGAGUCUCCGUCUCCUUAUUACUCACUCCAGGCAUGGGGCUCGGAGUACAGUAGUUCAUGCACCAAUACCGGCCAUAAGGUCUCCUUGACAUCCCACGUACCCCUUUGCUGCAAAGUGUUUCCCUGCCAUGGAGCCAGACCCACAGUCAAGGUCUGAGGUUAACCUUAAGUAGUUAACUACUUAAAAACCAGGAAUGAGAAAUCAAUUUCUUGAUUUUCUCUAGCUGUUUUCUAUUGUUCUACUGUUUUCUAUGAGAUGAAUUCACACAUUUUGUGAUUGUUUUGAUAUUACCAUGCCCUUUUCUAUCUCCUUGUAUGUGUGUUCUGGUCUUUAUACCCUGUAAUGCCUUUGGCCCAGUGAAUCCAAAGUUUGCCUGUGAGGAUAUUAUUUUAAAGCUUCAGUACCUUGUACUGACGGGUUCCAAAGCGUUUUCUGCACCGUCCGUCACUUACCUAAAGCCUUCCGAAAUGUCUGUGAUACUUCCAGAUUAAUGAAAGAAUGUUCCUAACUCAAAGCCCAGCCUUAAGCCACAACCAAGUAGGAAUUUACCUCAACCAGAGGGAAACGCUGCCUUACAUCACAGUACAGUAGGACCAAAUGGGCUAUAGCCUCUUUAUUACAUCAGUAGGGUUGCAAAAAUCUGCAACAUUUCCCCAAAUUCCCAGGUUUUCCAGAAAUCCUGGUUGGAGGAUACCAGAUGUCCUUCUUGUUCUCUCCUGAUUCCAGGAAUCUUCUAACCAUCCAACAAUUUUUUGGAAUACCUUGGAAUUUUAGGCAAGUUUUUUUCAACAAAUGACAACACAUUUCACUUCAACCUUACCCAUACCAGAUACAAUGUAGCAGGCAACGAUAUCAGAACAGCAUCAGGAAGUUAUUAACCAGUGCAUUAGGUUGGUAGGCUAUUGGAGCAUAUGUUUAUGUGUUCUUUACUUGGAAAUUCAGCUUACAGAUGAUCAAAUCAGACCUGGAUUCAAAUAAAAAUAAAAAUCUGUGUAUUUGAGUAUUUUCUAAUAAUGUGGCCUGAAUCAACUACUUCUAUUGCAAGUAUUUGAAGGUAUUUUCCAAAAAAUAGCCUACUAUUCGAAAGUACUUUCAAAUACUAUUUUCAAAUACCUGGGUUAAAUGCAUCGGAGUAUAUUUGAGUCACUGACUGUGUCCGAAUAUCCAUUCCUGAGUCCUAAAUUGUAGGCCAUUUGAGUAUGUGAAAAAAAAUGGUUUAAUAUUAUGCGACAUUUCGAAAAUCAAGUAUUGUUUAAAUGCCAGGAUGUUAUACUAAUUUUGUCUCUUCAUCUAGUAGAAUUGGAUGCACACUUUUCCACAAUGCAUUGGAAGAGGAUGGUUGCGAAUGAUAGGCUCUCGUUCCCUUCAAGUAGCCAAAUAACAAAACUAGACUUUUUAAUUGGGCAGAUGCAGUAUAGCGAAGUUUCUGCGGUGGUGUUCAAAUUAUAUAUUUUUUGUAGAUUUCUGUUUUUGUAUUCAAAAGGGUUUCUUAUUUCUUAAGGGUUUCUUAUUUCUGAAUGUGUGGGAAUCGGGGACUCGGGAUGUGGCUGCGUUAUUGAUGUCAUGUUAAUCUGGCCUUUUGAUUUCAACAUAUGGAUUGUUUUAGUUUUGUAGACUAGUUUACCGAUUUUAUUAUUUAAUUUAUGGGUCAAGCCUUUGCAGUCAUUCUUAUCUCAUUCCCAAUGAUCAGUGUUUUAGUUUAAUAUGUUGCUGUCCAGCGGUUCAGAAUUUGCGAUGCACCCGACUGUCCACAUUUUUCUGUGCAAUAGUCUUUUGAUUUGAACAUCUGAAGAGUUUUGGUGUGUGCACUAGGCUAUUUGAUUUAAUUUAUAUAUGUUACAGCACUUUGGUUUCACUACUAAAUAUGUUGAAAUGGAACCAGUCUUCAGUCUUUUUUAAAUUGGAAAGAUGGGCGAUAUGGGCUACGAUAUAGGUUGGAUGUGAUAGCCUGAGUAGGCCUAUAACUCCAUUCCUAUUUUAUUCAGAGUAUAGAUAAAUUAAUAAAAUUGGAAAUAAGCUAUUAUCAGGCUUGAAAUGCGAUACGUCUAUUGAAAAAAAUCCACCCUCAUUUGGCCCCGCCCCACCUUCUCAGCCAGUCAGGAGCCGCUACUGCGUUGCGGCCGUGGCAUACUUUUUACUAAACGGUACGUGCUAAAUAGUAUGCAGUUUAAGUAUGUAGUAUACUAGUAUGGGUAUUCAGACACAGCCAGUGUAUUUGAGAAUUUUCAAAUACAUGUCAAUACUUUCCAAGUGUAUUUCCAAAUACCUUCCAAUAUUCAACUACUUGUCUUUUCAAAUAAAACAUAUCUGAAUACUUACUUUGAAAUGUAUGUGAAAUAGUAUUUGAAAUAUUAUUUGAACCCAAAACUGGAUCAAAUGGAUACCAACAUGUUUCGCAGAGAUGUACACCAUUACAAUCAAAUACAUGGAGUUUUAUUUUUUUUAAAUCACUAUUGGAAGACGCUGUAUUUAGUUGAGAAGUUGCAAUAUUGCUCCCCUGUGCCUUUGAGUAUUUAUCCACUUCAAUCAAUCAAAUGUAUUUAUAAAGCCCUUUUUACAUCAGCCGAUGUCACAAAGUGCUUGCUCCUAUCUGACCUCCGUGCCUGUUAUUGCUAAAGGAAUCGGUUUACUCAAUCUAUGAAGUAAGUCAUGAAUAACUGGUUAUACCACAUGCCAAUGAAAGCAAUGCUAGGUAUUUAAGAUCUUCUUUUUACAACUCCUCCCUACAGUCCAACCUGUUACCUUGAAUUUGUGAUUUUGCGACACAUGUAGUUCAAAUAAAGAUAUUACAUUUUACACAG